GGCGGGCCGCGCAGGCGCAGAGAGGUUGGGCCACGCCGGCUGAGUAGCCUCAGAGCGGGAUGCGGUGACGCCCCUGGACGGCCAUGGCAGCGGCAGACGAGCUCACCUUCCACGAGUUCCAGGAAGCCACUGAUCUCCUAGCCAAGACCCCAGAUGCGACCACCAGGAGCAGAAAUGACCAGCUGACCCCACAGGGACAUGUGGCUGUGGCCAUGGACUCGGGUGGCAGCUAUGGAGCUGAGGAGGAGGUGGAAGAGGAGAGUGACAAGGCCGCGCUCCUGCAGGGAGAGAAGCAGCAGCCAGGAUUCUGGACCUUUGGCUACUAUCAGAGCUUCUUCGAUGUGGACACCUCACAGGUCCUGGACCGGAUUAAAGGCUCGCUGCUGCCCCGGCCUGGCCACAACUUUGUACGGCACCAUCUGCGGAGUCGGCCAGACCUGUACGGUCCCUUCUGGAUCUGUGCCACACUGGCCUUUGUCUUGGCCAUCACUGGCAACCUGACACUGUUGCUAGCCCAGAGGAGGGACCCCUCCAUCCACUACAGCCCCCAAUUCCACAAGGUGACUGUGGCAGGCAUCACCAUCUACUGCUACGCAUGGCUGGUGCCACUGGCACUGUGGGGCUUCCUACAGUGGCGCAAGGGCGUCCGGGAGCGCUUGGGGCCGUACACCUUCCUGGAGACAGUGUGCAUCUACGGCUACUCCCUCUUUGUCUUCAUCCCCACCGUGAUCCUGUGGCUCAUCCCCGUCCCAUGGCUGCAGUGGCUCUUUGGUGCGCUGGCCCUGGCCCUGUCAGCCACUGGCCUGGUGUUCACCCUCUGGCCUGUUGUUCGUGAGGACACCAGGCUGGCAGCCGCAGCGUUGCUGUCCACAGUGGUGCUGCUCCAUGCCCUCUUGGCCCUGGGCUGCAAGUUGUACUUCUUCCAGACGCUGCCUCCAGAACACACGGCACCUCCACCCCAAGCCACAUCUCUGCCUCCCCACACGUUGCUGACACCCACCCUGCCACAGUCCAUCACAGCCUCCUAGGAAGGCUGUGGUCCUGUAGGAUUCUCUUUUUCAGGCAAAACAAAAGGGACACCUCUGCCUGUCCUGCCCCCAGAUGAUGACUGCAGGUUCCUUUGAUACCUGAAGAUCACUCUGCUACUUUCCAGACUUUUCUUACAAAGCAAACACUUUUAUUUUCUAUGCAAAGGUGAUUCAGAGAGUUUAUAUAAAGACGGGGAAGGGGCAGCCGAGCAGGAAGCUUCCAGUGCAGCCCGGGCAAUACUGCGUGGGAGCGGGGCCGGGGCCUGCCCACCCCAGCCUGCCUGCUGGGCCUUCUUCCCUGACACCUGGCCGAGGACGGGAGGGGGCUGGCCCUGGCCUCCACUGUGUCUUCCCUUCCCUAGGUACACAAUGAGUGGGGCUUUGGGCCUACACUGAGCUCCCCCACAUCUGAAUUUCGGGUGUUAGAAAAAGGGGGAGCAGAAGUAGAAGAAAACUGCCUGUGCUGAAACAUC